ACCCACGACACGUGACACGUGACACGUUCUCCUCCAAUCGGAAAACGUAUUUGAGUUGGGAGGUAUAACAAAGUGUCUUGACCGAGAUCAAAACAUAAUGACCCCGGGCCCGAACCAGGACUGCUCAAUCCGGAGUCCAGCGCGUGAAUAAUUAGAUCACCGGUCACCACGCCUCUCACAUGAAUCUAGAAUGCUACUGAUUUAUUAAAGGCGAUUUAUGCUUAGGGAAUUGUUUCACCAAACGCUGCUUCCCAGCGGCAUUUUAUGUUUUUGGCUUUGCCCGAUAAGUAUAUAUCUGUGGGCGAAAUCAACUCUAGUUUUAUUAUUACCGCUACGAUAGGGGCAGAUUCCGCCAAACAUAGAUAAUUUUCAACAAAUUCUUGACCUUUCUAGCUGCUUUAGGUUUUCAAAAAAGGAAUCAAUUAUGUUGAUUUUGUUAUAAUGUCUUCAGCUUACACUAAAGGUAGAAAAGAAAAUUUAAGUCAUUUUCCAAGCGUCAUCUACUGUGAAACCUAUCAUCUUUGGUUUCCUUGACCUGUCCAAUUUGCAGGUACCUGUGCACUGAUCUAUUGUAAUAUGGGAGAAAAUAACUUCACUUUAAGCCAUUUUCAAUGAACAGAACAAAUUUUUAAAGCAAAAUACUUCGAAAAAAUAGCCAGCUGCAACCAAAAGGAACCAACAUACCGCGAAAGCUUAAGUGGUUCAUCGUAAGAGGGGAAAUGCGACGAAGCACUCUCUACCGCUGAAGUCAAUAGGCAGCCAGUAUUCCUGCAAGCACGUUUUCAGGCAAUUUUCAACACUGGCUCAGUGGGCUGUGAGUCAAAUCGCUCGAAGUGAUGGUUUUGUGGGCCACUCUGUUUAGCUUACUGAUCAUAUCGCAGUGGUGUCUGAUCACAACAGAUGCUAGCCACAAUUUUGAUCGUGAUGAAAAAAUUUGGGUCUCUCGUACAGUGAGAUCGCAACCCGAGCAAAACAGGAACAUUUUUCCAAUUACCAAGAAUUCUGGCGAAGAAUGGUCGUCGCCUUCAAACAAUAACAACAAAAGGGGACUGGAUCUAAAGCUAUUGGCGAGCCGUGCAUAUCAAAUGGCAGUCAACCAGCCACUUUAUUACUCUAAGCAAAAUUACGAGCAGAAUAAACUCUAUGAUCGUUCAUGGAGGAAGAAUCCAAUUAGUAGUGUACCAGUUGGAUCGUUUUACAAGCCCAGGCCUGCAGUGACUCAAAAUUACAACUUGGCACAAAACACAGCAGGAUCAAGGAACGUGCUUCCGCCCGGAGCAAACUUAUGGAGCAAUGUUGAUGAAGACGUGAAAUUUGUCGAGGAAAAGAUCCAGGAAUACUACGACCAAAGACUUAACAAGAACAAGAACAAAUGGAUGUUUAAACCUGUUGAAGGGUCGACCAAGCACCUUAAGGAAAUUUUCGUAGGACGGUGUUGGGAUUUCCUUGAAAAUAAAGGGAAGUAUCUUGAAAACCCGACUAAACUGGAUUGCCAGGAGAUGUGGAAAGCAUUUCUGAAGAGCUUCGCCUUUAAAGAGCCUUGUGACGUCAAAUUUGAUGAUUACACUCCGUUCUUUAAGAUGUAUGAUGAAAAGCCACUCAAUGAUAGGGUCUUGUUUUGGUCUGGAACAAGAGAACUCACGCAUGCGUACUCCAGGUUGUACGACAGAUUUACAACUUUAGAGGAUACAUUGGCAGGAUUCCUGAUGAACGGUGUGAGGUGGUGUGGCAGCAAGAAGGAACCUGGGAUCGACUUCAAGUCGUGUCCAUAUCAGUGCAGCAAGCAGAAAGCCUUCUGGGGUCAAGCAGCUGCUAAACUGGCGAAACGAGCGAGGGGCGUUGUCCACGUCAUGUUGAAUGGCACGAGACAGCACUUCAUGGACAGGCAGAUCUUUCCUUCGUUCAUGGACGAUAGUUAUCUAGCAGAGAAUCAAAUAUCAAGCCUACCUGUAAAGGAAAUAAAAGAGUUUAGGAUUCUUGUGGGUCAUUCUCUUCAUCAUAAAGCUCUGGAAAGAUGCGAUAGCUUAAGUGUUCUAGAGCUGGAGAAUCGUGCCAAGGGAAGGGGACUUAAGACUACGUGCUUCGAUAAUCCCUACUUCAUUCGGCAUCUUCUAUGCUUGGACAAUCCGGGAGAUCCCCUGUGCCUUUUCAAGAUUUACGAUCAAGAGAAAUUAUUAUAAAAUUGUCAAAAAUAAUGGAAUAGGAAUUAAAACACAUACAAAACAAUGUAACUACGCGAAAUUGUGAGGCAAGGAGUGACAAACCCCAACCCGAUUUGCAAGCCACGAAGAAAAGCGAACUUUCUAUCUUUUCCCUCUCACUUCGUUCUUCAAUCUUCGAUUCUUUACUGUCAUAUUGCAAGAAAGGAUGAUCUCUCCUUUGCAUUCAGUUAGUGUCGAAGUGCUGCCUGAGGUGGUAUUUAAUCGUAUUACGUUCAUCUGCCAGCCAUGCAUGCUGUUGGUAUUUUAUCUGUCCACUAGCUGGCAACAAUAAAAACCUCUUGUUAUCCUAAGCACCCACCCUCCACUACCAAAUAUUUCUUUCACUCUUCUAUAGCUGGUUUUCACAUGACGUCACUAA